AUUUAAUGAACUGUCAACAUGGCUGAAAAAAAGCUGUGAAAAAGGUUAUGAAAUAAAAGUGUUGAAAAAUUGUAAAUAAUUUAAGAAAUGGCUUCUCAUCUCCUUAAUGUGGCAAGAAUACUAUCAAAAUUAACUUUAAAUACAAAUUGUCGGGUUACUAACACGAUAAUUAAGCUUGAACGAGAAUUACCAAAGCAGCCUCUCUUCAACCAUGCCUCUCGAAACACGAAUUUUUUUAACAAAAUGCCAGCUGAGGACCUUUGGAAAGGAAUCACGACUGUAAGUAAUGCCGGUAAGAAACGAGGUCGUGGUAAAACCGUAUCAAAGAAAAAUAUUAAGGAUUUGAAUAGAGGCCAAAUUAUUGGUGUAGGAAAGGCCAACAUGCUUUGGCCCGGAUUGACAGCCCCCAUAAUCCGGGGGAAAGAAAUUGUAGAACAACAAAAACUCCCUGAAGAUCCAGAACGACAAGCUAGACUCAAUCAGUUGCGGGACCAAAUGGGGACGCACCGUCGUGCCAAAUUGAGUCCUAUUGAGAGGGGUUGGUCGGGGGCGAAAAUGCCGGGACGUAGUAUUGGCCCACCAGAUCCAGUUGGAGAAGAUAACUUUGAGGGUUUUGAUACUAAAGUCCUGGAAUUGAAAACUGUAUUCAACAUGAAGGGCAAUUUUGGCCGUAAACGCCGAGUGUCGGCAACUGUAGUCACCGGCAACAAAAACGGUUUGGUUGGAUUUGCCAACGGCAAGGGUAUAGAACCUAGGACAGCAAUGCGCAAAGCCAAAAAUCGCUCAGCACAGAAACUAGUGCACAUAAAAAUUUUCAGAAACCACACUGUUUUCCAUGAUUUUUUUACCCAAUUUGGGGCUACUAAAAUAUACGUGUGGCAAAAACCCGAAGGCUACGGUUUAGAGUGUCAUAGGGCUAUCAAAACAAUUUGCGAAGUUGUAGGAAUCAAUGAUCUACAUGCGAAAGUCGAGGGGUCCACAAACGUUACUUUUGUUAUGAAAGCGUUUCUUUUGGGUUUAGUUCGACAAAAAACGCAUCAGGAAAUCGCUGAAGAAAAGAAACUCCAUCUAGUGGAGUUCACCAAAGAAAACGGGGGUUUUCCAACUGUGUUAGCUUCGCCAGCUCAAUGUAGAAAGGAAGAUCAACUCGGGAAAGAUGAAAUUUUAGAUUUUACGCAAUAUUGUUUUGAUGGCAGAGUUAUCUUGAAGAAGAAAAAGUAUCCACCUUUUUAUACCAAGCUGAAGUCUUAUGAGAUUUAUUUGAAGAAACAGGAGAAGUUGAGGAAUAAGGAGAAGGUUAAAUUAGAUUUGAUUACUCAAUAUGGCGAAAUUAGGAGCUUCCUCACUGAGAAAUACCCAGAGUGUAGGCCGUUUAGAAGAGCUAAAAAGGAAGAAGAGCAAGAAGCUGAAGCAUAGUGUAAAUAAAUUUAAUGAAAUUAAAAAUAUUUGUUGAAACAUACUUUAAUAAUAAAAAGUAAAAAAGGUUUUAUUAUAA